AUGUCUGAAUCAAACGCUGGACAGAUUAUCGUAAGACAGACACCGGAUCAAUCAAAUGCGCUGACCAUUUCAGAAUCUAGUGGUACUUUAAUACAAACGAUUAAACGUACCUCGGGUCUUCAAGCGCCGAUAAUGCUAUUACUCGGGCAUCAGGGAGAAAUAUUCACUGUAAGAUUUAAUCCUUCCGGAGAGCACAUAGCUUCUGGUUCAUUUGAUAGAACUAUAUUAUUAUGGAACACAUAUGGUGAUUGCAUUAAUUAUGGCGUAUUAAAAGGUCAUAAUGGGGCGAUUAUGGAACUUCAAUGGUCACGAGAUUCUAGUAAGAUUUUUUCGUGCGCUACAGAUAAAACUGUUGGCGUAUGGGAUGUAACAACCGGAACAAGAAUAAAAAAGUUCAAAGGCCACACAUCAUUUGUUAAUAGUGUAUCUUCUGCUCGUAGGGGAAAUGAAAUUCUAGUCAGUGGUAGUGAUGAUGGUACCAUUAAGAUAUGGGACCUUCGACAAAAAGAUGCUGUUGACACUUUUAUUCAUCAGUACCAAAUUACGGCUACAUGUUUUAGCGAAGCUGGGGAUUUGGUGUUUGCAGGCUGUUUGGAUAACGAUAUUACGGCCUGGGAUUUGAGGAAGAAAGCCCAUGCUUAUAUUCUCAAAGGACAUCAAGAUACUAUAUCUGGUAUUAGAUUGAGUCCUGAUGGAUCUUAUCUUCUAUCUAACGCGAUGGAUAACACAGUUCGAGUCUGGGAUGUUAAGCCUUUCGCUCCAACCAACCGUCUUCUUAAAAUUUUCGAAGGUGCACCUCAUAGUUUUGAGAAGAAUUUAAUCAGGCCCGCUUGGUCAUCUGAUGGUUCACAGAUAGCCUCAGGAAGCGGUGACCGAACAGUUAUGAUAUGGGAUUUCUCUAGUCGUAAAAUUUUAUACAAAUUACCUGGACACAAAGGUUGCGUCAAUGAAGUAGACUUCCAUCCUAAAGAGCCUAUUAUUGUUUCCGGAAGUACCGAUCGACAAAUUUUCUUAGGUGAAAUCAAUCCAAGUAGUGUUUAGACAUAUAAGCAUGUUCGGAUUAUUUGAAUUUUUUUUUUUAUCUUUGGAUCAUUAAGUUCCAGUUAAUGUAUCUUUACAAAACUCAAUAAAUAGAUUACAUGACAUAGAAAUAUCAGAUUGUGAUUUUAUUUGCAACUUACAUUCGUUUAUUAUAUGGUAUUUGUCAGUGAAAUGAAACCAAACAUUUCAACCAAUUUGUCAAAAUCAGUGGGAUUAAUGAACAAUUGGACUAUUGGUAUUGUUCAGUCCAAAUUCAAAUUUUAUUGGACUAUUGGACU